AUGUCCGACGUGACGGCGGUGAUGGAUCUGGAGGUGGAGGAGCUGAAGCUGGCGCUUCCACCGGGCUUCCGGUUCCACCCCACCGACGAAGAGGUGGUCACCCACUACCUCACCCGCAAGGUCCUCCGCGAAUCCUUUUCCUGCCAAGUGAUCGCCGACGUCGACCUCAACAAGACCGAGCCGUGGGAUCUCCCCGGGAAGGCGAAGAUGGGCGAGAAAGAGUGGUUCUUUUUCGUGCACAAGGGCCGGAAGUACCCGACGGGGACGCGCACCAACCGCGCGACGGAGAAGGGGUACUGGAAGGCGACGGGGAAGGAUAAGGAGAUCUUUCGCGGCAAGGGCCGGGACGCCGUCCUCGUCGGCAUGAAGAAGACGCUCGUCUUCUACACCGGCCGCGCCCCCAGCGGCGGGAAGACGCCGUGGGUGAUGCACGAGUACCGCCUCGAGGGCGAGCUGCCCCAUCGCCUUCCCCGCACCGCCAAGGACGAUUGGGCUGUUUGCCGGGUGUUCAACAAAGACUUGGCGGCGAAGAAUGCUCCGCAAAUGGCGCCGGCGGCCGGCGGGGCCAUGGAGGACCCGCUCGCCUUCCUCGAUGACUUGCUCAUCGACACCGACCUCAACCUGUUCGACGACGCGGACCUGCCGAUGCUCAUGGACUCUCCGUCUGGCGCUGACGACUUCGCCGGCGCUUCGAGCUCCACCUCCAGCGCCGCCCUGCCGCUCGAGCCGGACGCGGAGCAUUUGACUAUCAAGAUGGAGCCGCCGCCGCCGCAGCAGCAGCAGAUGCAGAGCCCAGACUACUUCAUGCCGGCGACGGCCAACGGCAAUCUUGGCGGUGCCGGGUACUCAACCUACCAGGCUGUGGUGGACCAGCAGGCCGCGAUCCGCAUGUACUGCAAGCCGAAGGCGGAGGUAGCGUCUUCGUCGGCGCUGGGCUUGGACAUGGGGGCGCUCGCCGGCGCGGACACCUCGUUCCUGAUGCCGUCGUCGCGGUCGUGCCUCGAUCUGGAGGAGCUGUUCCGGGGCGAGGCUCUCAUGGACUACUCCGACAUGUGGAAGAUCUGA